UUGCGCUAUUCUUUGGAUUUUGUUGAGAAUACUGGGGGCGAAAUUCGCGAGAACUUUCUGGAAAGAAGAACUCAUUGGAAUAUUUAAACGUUGUCAAAGUUAAUUUCAUUUCUUUGCUUUGUGAGUGGUAUAAUGGAUCAGGUUACAGUUUUAAAAGAUAAGGGAAAUGCCGCAUUAGGGGCGAAUAACAUAGAAGAUGCGAUAAAAUUCUACACGGAGGGUAUCAAUUUAGAUGGCAAAAAUGCUGUUUUGUAUUCAAAUAGAUCUGCUGCCUAUGCCAAAGCAAACAGAUAUGAUUUAUCUUUAAAAGAUGCUGAGAAAGCCAUAGAGCUGAAGCCUGAUUGGGCUAAGGCUUACUCGAGAAAAGGGGCUGCGUUGGCGUAUUUAGGCAAAUUAGACGCUGCUAUAGCUACUUACGAAAAAGGUUUGCAAUUGGAUCCAAACAAUAGCCAAUUAAAAGAAGGUCUUUCAGAAGUAAAGGCACAAAAAACAGCAGACUUAAUGGCAAAACUUAGGGCAGACCCUAGGACACGCUCAUUCGUAGAUGAUCCGGAAUAUUUGGCUUUAGUAAAUGCACUUAUGUCUAAUCCCCAGUCAUUGGGGACGGCAAUGCAAGAUCCCCGUCUCUUAACGACAUUAUCAGUACUGACUGGUUUAGAUAUUGGCUCAGAUGACAUGAUGGACACAUCUGAGCCUCCACCACCUAAAAGACCUGAACCAAAAUCAGAACCUAAAAAAGAAGCAGAGCCCGAUUUACCAGAAAACAUCAAAUUAGCUAAAAAAGAAAAAGAACUGGGCAAUGAAAGUUACAAAAAAAAAGAUUUUGGUAGUGCCAUUGUGCACUAUAAUAAAGCUAUUGAGUAUGAUCCCAACGACAUCACUUUUUAUAAUAAUUUAGCUGCAGUUUAUUUCGAACAGAAAGAGUAUGAGAAGUGCAUUAAAGAGUGUGAAAAGGGAAUUGAAAUUGGGAGGCAGAACAGAGCCGAUUUUAAAUUGAUCGCCAAAUCCUUUAUGAGGAUUGGCAAUGCCUACAAAAAGUUGAAAAACUAUCAGAAUGCUAAAAUUUAUUAUGAAAAGUCUUUAUCGGAGCACAGGACACCAGAGAUUAAAACACUUCUCUCUCAAGUAGAGAAAAUUAUAAAGGAGGAAGAGGAGAAGUCAUACAUUAACCCAGAGUUGGCGGAAAAAGAGAAAGAAAUAGGCAAUGAAUUGUUCAAAAAGGGCGACUAUGCGACCGCUGUUAAACACUACACAGAAGCCAUCAGACGCAAUCCUGACGAUGCAAAAUUGUACAGCAACCGUGCAGCGUGUUACACGAAACUGGCCGCGUUUGAUCUUGGUUUGCGCGACUGCGAGAAAUGCGUCGAGCUCGAUCCAAAGUUUAUCAAAGGUUGGAUCCGGAAGGGUCAUAUUUUGCAGGGCAUGCAACAGGCGAGCAAAGCUAUCGCAGCGUUCCAAAAGGCCAUCGAAAUUGAUCCUAAUAACUCUGAAGCUCUUCAAGGUUAUCGAGCUUGCACUAUCGAAAAUUCCAACUUGGAUCGCGAUCCAGAAAAGAUCAGACAGAGGGCAAUGGCAGAUCCAGAGGUGCAGUCAAUCCUCAGGGAUCCGGCAAUGCGGUUGAUUCUUGAACAGAUGCAGAACGAUCCAAAGGCUCUGCAGGAUCACCUACAAAAUCCCGAUAUAGCGGCUAAGAUUCAAAAAUUGUAUGAGUCGGGCCUUAUAGCCAUCCGCUAGAAUCUUCUAUUCCCUUUUAAUGCUAACCAUUUUUUUUUUAAUUUUAACUAUGGUGCAGCGGUCCGAAUGCCAUUUAUGCCUUCUUUGUGUUCAAUUUGUCAAAAAUUGUUUCGUGUUAUAGUUUAUAUCUCCAUCUUUUUAGGUAAGCUUCUUUGGCAUAAUAAAGUACUGAUAAAUCGAA